GGGGACGGGUAGCGAGAGUGAGUGAGGUGCCGGGCGACUACACCGCAGACGUUUUUUGGGUUGCAAGCAGGCGCCGCGAAUUAGCAUCACAAACAAAAGAGAGGAUCCCCGGUGACGACUCUCCCGAGAUCGAGCGACGCCGCGGCAACGCCCGCACCCAUCUGCCGAAGCCGAACGCGAGCCGAAGCUACCCGAGGCUUGCUAGCUUAGCGUCCCUGCAAACGGACGGGACCACGGUGUUAACGGCUAGGUUAGCUAAUUACCCGUUAGUUAGCCGUCGUUAGCUCGCUGUGGCUCGGCCGGUGUCGGUGCCUGUCAAGCCGCUGAGCGCAGUUCACGGAAGGCGAGGCUGUCUCGACUGACCGCUGGAGACGUCGUGUCCGCUUUUUGCCGUCGGCCGUUGCCAUCGCCCCCAUCUCCCCAGCAGCCCCUCUACCUCUGCCCCUCUCCCACCUCCCGAAACACUGGAAAUCCACAAGCGACCAGAGAGCGGCGGCGGCGGCGGCGGGCCGGCGAAGCUGGGGGUGGUACCGGACUUGCACGGAGUCGUAGCGGCUUCGGACAAGUACAGCCGCGGGGAUCUACCGACGAGUAUGGACGGACUCGCCGUGGAGGUUCGCGGCUCCAACGGGGCCUUCUACAAGGGUUACAUCAAGGAUGUCCACGAAGACUCACUCACAAUAGUGUUUGAAAACAACUGGCAGCCAGAGAGACAGCUGCCCUUCAGUGAUGUGCGGCUGCCUCCUCCAGCAGACUACCACAAGGACAUUGGUGAAGGAGAGGAAGUGGAGGUGUACUCCAGGGCUAAUGAGCAGGAGCCAUGUGGCUGGUGGUUGGCCCGGGUCAGAAUGAUGAAGGGGGAGUUCUACGUGAUUGAGUACGCAGCAUGCGAUGCCACAUACAACGAGAUCGUCACGUCAGAGCGUAUCCGGCCACUCAACCCCAACAGCCCUUCAUCACGGAACUCCUUCCACAAGGUCCCCAUCGCCGUCCCAGAAGACCUGCGGGACAUCUGUGCAAAUGACAACAUUCACAAAGACUUCAGGAAAGCCAUUGGAGCCAACUGCAUCUUCUACAGCGCCCAGUCACACGAACUCAUCGUGCUGUCUACAAAUGAAACCACAGUCAAACGUGCUGCUCUCCUGAGCGACAUGCACUUCCGCAGCAUUCGCACCAAACUUAUGCUCAUGUCCCGCAAUGAAGAAGCCACCAAACAUCUGGAGACAAGCAAGCAGCUGGCGUCAGCAUACCAGGAGGAGGUGAGAGUGAGAGAGGACCUGAUGGGCCUGGCCAUCGGCUCCCAUGGUGCCAACAUCCAGCAGGCUAGAAAGGUCCCUGGUGUCACCGCCAUUGAGCUGGAGGAAGAGAGCUGCACCUUUCGGAUCUACGGGGAGACCCCAGAGGCAGUGAAACAGGCUAGAGUGUACCUCGAGUUCAAAGAAGACUACUUCCAAGUACCCAGGAACCUUGUAGGCAAAGUCAUCGGCAAGAAUGGCAAAGUCAUCCAGGAGAUUGUGGACAAGUCGGGCGUGGUUCGCGUUCGAAUCGAAGGAGACAACGACAAAAAGCUUCCCCGGGAGGAGGUAGGCAGGCAGGGGGCUGGCAGAGACGACACUGCCAACAACAAAGAGGGCAUGGUUCCCUUCGUGUUUGUGGGGACGAAGGAGAACAUCAGCAAUGCUCAGGCCCUCUUGGAGUACCAUGUGGCUUACCUGCAGGAAGUAGAGCAGCUGCGCUUGGAGCGUCUCCAGAUCGAUGAGCAGCUUCGGCAGAUCGGGGUUGGGUACCGUGCCCCCCCAAGUCGGACCGGGGGUCCUGGCCCUGACCGAGAGAAGGGCUACUUGACAGAUGAGAGCAGCAACUCGCUCCACACAUCUCGCACCUAUGGGGGUCGUGGCAGAGGACGCAGGGCCUCCAACAGCCAAUACUCAGGAUAUGGCACGAAUUCUGAGUUGUCCAAUGCCUCUGAGUCUGAGGAUGUUAUUGAGCGAGACCAGCGGCCACGCGGCAUAGGUGGAGAUGAGAGGGGCUCCCGGCGUGGUGGCAGGGGCCGUGGCUCUAAUACAGGCCGGGGCCGUGGAGGGCCAGGUUCCAGGCCUUCAAACUCCAUCAGCUCAGUGCUGAGGGACCCUGACAGUAACCCAUAUUCCCUGCUAGAAGGGGAGGGGGAGCUUGCCGACACAGACCUUAGUGAGGGCAUGGGAGGAGGUGACCGCCGGAGACGCUCUAGACGCCGCCGCAAUGACCAGGAACCCAGCGUGAUUGACGCUGCCACAGAGUCAGAUAGCCAAGCUGGCCCCAAUGAGAAUGGAUUAGAUGAGGAAGGCAGACCGCAGCGCCGCAAUAGGAGCCGCCGCCGUCGCAAUCGUGGCAACCGACCAGAGGGGGGCUCAACCAGCCGUGACAGACAGCCAGGUGAGAGUGUGACAGUGGCGGACUACAUAUCGCGUGCCGAGUCCCAGAGCAGACAGAACCUUCCCCAAAAGGAGAACCACGCUGGCCCCGAGCCCAAGGAGAACGGGACCAGCACCAAGAACGAGUGCACCCCAUCCAAGCGUUCCCCAAGCAACGGCAUGGCCUCAGCCAGCGAGACCCUGGCCCUGGUCAACGGUGUCUCGUAAAGAAGUGGGCCCCCGCCUGUAUCUCUAACCCACGUCUAGAGCAAGACUUCAUGGCAAACUCUGUCCCUGCUUGCAUUAACUUAAAAUCUUUAAACAGAUGAGUGAAGAGUACCUGACAAAAUACCCGAAUUCAUACGAGUAUAAAAGUACAAAAAAACGACAAACGCAUCUACUUUAAAAACACACGUAAUGGUGUAUGCUAUCCUAUCUAUCAGUACUUAGUGCUUAUUUAAAAAAGGAAAAAAAACAACUAGCUUGCCAAAAAAGAGCUGGUGGAUAUGACUUGAUUUUUAAAGAAAUACUGAAACACGAGAAACAGGACAAGACUUUUUGGUGGUUUUUUUUUUUUUUCUUUUCCAAAAACGGUUGUUUAUUUUUGUUUUGUUUUCGUUAUGUCAGUUUUUUGUUGUUGUUGUUGUUGUUGUUUAUCACUGGUUUGGACUCGGCGGUCACUCUCUCGGCCAAAAUGGACCCGUCUCCGAAAGGGCGUCGGUGUCUGGAGAGGAGAGGGGAGGCGACGGUGCGACGCUGCAGGGAGGGGCCCCGACAGGCAGACAGUCCGAUAGCUUCUGUGACGCGCUGUUCGUACCCUCAGCACGCGAGCGGAGACACAGAGACAGACAGGAAGACGUACGGUCAGGUCUGAUGAUUGAUUGACAGACAUUGUGCCUUGAAUUUGAAAAAAAAAAAAAAAAAACAAAACAAAACAAAAAAAAAACAAAAAAAGAGACUUGAGUUUUUCCAUUAAGUUUUUUUUUUUGGCGAAUGAGAUAAAAAGGUCUUCUUUUUUCUUUUUUUGAUUUUUUCCUUCUUUUUUCUGUGUUCCGAGGGAAAAAAAACCACCUUUUUGGGGAGUGGUGUGCAAAACGAGUGCAGAGGCAUUACUGUGGUAGAUGGAUAGACAGAAACAGGAAGGACUGACUGGCCAGGAAGUGGAAGAAAGAAAGAAGUCCGGUGCCAAACAUGGAAUUCAAGGCGCUUGUCCUCGUUGGAAGGUAGAGGGGUCAGCGUUGGGGUCAGCGUUGGGGUCAGCGUUGGGGUCCGAGUGUGUGUGUGUGCACAGUUGACAUAUUUGGCAAAACUGAAGAAGUA